UGGGUUUAAUUUUUUUAAGACAAUAUUUAGCAUAAACUCCAGUUUUAUUGUAUUGACCAUAUUGAUAAUAUUGCCUAAACUUUUUUUAUAUCGUAAGCUUUACUUUCUUGAGAAAACAAAUAAAUACUCAAAUCCGUAAACGGCAUGUGCUUAUGUCCUUAGAUAAUGAAGCUUGUGUAAUGGAAUUUAGCCACACCAACAGCGAAAUGCCGAUGCAGUGCGGUAUCAAAUGUCAAAACUCACGAAUGAUCUCCAUGGCAACUACACCAACAGCUAACCACAAUCAAUAGAAAGUAAACAAAGUCGAAAUUUAAUUUUGUUGGCGAAUGAAAGAAGUCCGAGAAAACAGUCAGAAGCAAAUGGACAGAUUGAAAAGACCAAAAAUAGUUGGAUAAACGAAAGAAAUCGAUAUUUAUGUGGAUUUUGUAAAGAAUACUAACAGAGGUCGGUUAUAGUGACCUAAUUCCGUUAGGUCAAACGGUAGCGCGCGGAGAUGGCAAAGUCUUCAAGUGGGUACUGAAGCACUCAAAAUAGCUGAUAUAUUUACUUAAUGAAAAAGUGCCAAGUCGAGAAAAGAAGUAGUAAGGGAAGUGCUGAUGAGCAAGCGUGUAAGGACAUGCAAGGACGCGCUGCAGUACGAGCUACAGCGGCGGAACAGCACUGGCGACUCUUGGCCGAACUAGACACGUUGAACUUGAGUGACAGCUGCUGCGAGAUUUGCCACUGCGAUUGCUACAGUUCACACCGCAGCAGUUUAAAUACGGAAGAACUCAAUUGCGGCGAGCACUUCGCGAAAAUCGAUAAUGAGUACCAAAAAGCUGAGCUAGAGCGUGACGUAGGCAGACUAGAGCAACCAGCAGCUUCAGCAUUACAACACAUACAACCAAUUGAAGUUACACGCUCCACCACUUCCAAUGAGUCCAAUAUUUGUAAAAAGCGUUCGACACGUAAAUCUCGUGCCGCCAGAAGAAAAAAUAACACUGUAACAACAACAGCAACAAGCUGUUAUUCAACGAAGCCUUCCAGUACACAAGCCACAUCAACAAUAACACUAAAAUCCAGAAGCGCCAAAAACACACCAACCCAUUCGGGGCGCACAAGUCCAAUUGCCACGCCUCACUACAGCGGUGCAGUGCCAAAGCGCAACGCUGCAGUUGCGGUGAAGCGCUCCAAAAGUGUCUGUCGCCUGCCCAGCCGCAGUCCAUCACCGUUAAUUGCCACAACUGUUGGUGCUGCUGCCACUAAACGCGCCUCCUACUACACGCGCGAUUGUAAAAUCUUGCAGGAACUGCUGAGCGCGCUCAACGACGAUGCGGACAACGAUGCGACGUCCUCACUGCAAGUGCACGGCGUAAGCGCGCUAAAGCAAACCGAAAUGACACACAGAAAAUCUUUAACAACGCUCGAGCCUGCAGACAUCAAUACGCUGCAACAGUCGAAUACACUGCCACGUUGCGCUGUCAAAUCGAAGCGCAACAAGAAGACCAGCGACGAGCCACAACUGUCUUCACAAAAGGUGUGCGCCUCCAUGGCCAGCCUCUGCUUGGCGCCCACAGUACGCGCCGCGUACCAACAAGUGCCGGCACACGAUAAACGCAUAAUCAAUCGCAUGGCGCACAAGCGUAGCGAACGCGCCAUCGCCAAGGAAAACGCCUGGUUGGCGCGCAAAUACUGGGAAAAUGAACGUUACGAACGCGAACUCUUCAAGUGCGCGCAAAUGGAGGAGUACAAACGCGCGAUACGCGACAAGCAAUUUCAAGAUUAUCUGCUGACAAAAGCGCGCCUCAACGAGAUUGCGCAACGCGAUUUGUCCGAAUUGCGUCGUUUGCGCGAAACGCUGCAAGAAAAAGAUAUGAGCACGAAACGACGACUGGACGCGCUCAAAGUUGAACGCGGCAUAGCGGCGUGUCAGCGUCGCUGUGAGGAACUACGACGCGCAGAGGCGGUCGCUGUGCAGCAGGAGGAGCAACAGAUAGACGAAAAGCUGCGUAAGCAAGAGAUUUGUGAACGUUUAAGUGAUCGCUUGCAGCGCGCCGAGCAGAUACGCGCCAACAUGCUAGACAGUUAUCUACGCCGCCUACGCUACGACAACUACAUGGAAGAGUUGGUACACGAAGAGCACUGGCGCGAAGCGCAACAGUUGGAACGGCAGCGGCUCACCCAGCUAGAGGAGCAUAUACAGCAGAAAUGCGUGCAGUCGCAACGUUUCAUUGAAGAGCGUCAACGCCGACAGGAGGCCAUUGCAAAAACAGCGAAAAUAUCCGCGAGUCUGCGGGAGUUGGUGCGCAACUCCGUGACGCCAGAAGGUGGCAUGGCUGCUGAGAGUGGCAAUAGGGGUGAAGCUGUGAGCAUAGCUAAUACCGCAUCGUUGAGUAAAGUGCUUUUAGAUAGACCAUUUUCAAAGCUGUCAUUGCAGCCGUGAUUGUUAUCAAUAAAAUUAAGUUGUUUGUGAAUAGUAACGGUACCAAAAUUGUUUUAGUAACUGUACAGUUCUUCGAUAUAGAUUUCUGUUUUUCUUUUUCAACUGUGGAGCUAAGUGGGAG